UCGGUCAAUUUCUACCUCUUCUUCUUUGUCAAAACUCUCCACUAGUUUUAUAAUCGUGAUCUAUGACUAUUCACGCAUGAAAACCGUGUCAUUUCAUCUUCCUCAUCCCCCUCCCUUUUCACUUGCCCAUCCCCAACCUUAUUUGUCUCUCCUUUCCUCUGCAUCUCACCAAAAAAAAGUUCCUCCAAAAGAUGAUGAUGCAUCCCCAUCGCCAUCCCUUUUGGGAUCUUUCACUGUGCUUCGUGAUCGCAACCACCCUGAUCCUGAUCCGAGCUCCGACGGCGUGCUGCGCGGACGACGCGAGCUACCUGAACUGCAGCUCCACCAUCCAAUGCGGCGACCUGCAAAACAUCAGUUACCCCUUCUGGGGGUUGAACCGCGCCUCCUACUGCGGCCUGCCCGAGUUCGAGCUGACUUGUCAGGACAACACGACUCCACUGAUCACCAUAUCUAACCAAGACCAUCGGGUCCUUCGGGUCGAUGGCACCUCACAGAUGACUAUUGCCCGAAAUGAUUACUGGAAUAAUAUCUGCCCAGCCUCUUUUAUCAAUACCACCCAGGACAUCACCACCCCAUUCGCUUACACCUCAGACACCGUGGCCAGCAACCUGACUCUGUACUAUGGGUGUGGGGGAAGCACGAGUCAGGUAUGGUCAGCGAUUAUCAGCAGCCAGUUCAACUGCACCAUCAACAACACCAAAGUCAUCGGUUACUUCAUAACAAAGAACGUUAGCGAUAUCACGACUUCUAACGGCUUCGAUCUCUCGAACAUAACAAGUUACUUUGGAGCCUGCAAAACCAGUGUGGUUUUGGCUGCGAACCAGUCGGCCAUUGAGGGGAUAGAGAUGACCACAACCCCGACCAACACGACUGUAGUGUCAGCCAUUGAUGAGGGCUUUGGGCUGCAGUGGACGGUGGCCAGUCAAUGCAGCGGCUGCCUCGCUUCAGGCGGGCAGUGUGGACGGGAUAAUAGUUCUGGUGAUUUCAAGUGCUAUUGCCCGGACAAGCCCUACUCUUCCAUAUGCCCAGGAUCCAAGACGCGGCUUAUAUCGUCCCCAGCUGGAGUUCUUGUUAUUAUUGGUGUUUCAGUAUCUGCAAUUGCCAUCAUUUUCGUCCUCAAGAUUAAAACUGGAAUCUUCUCUUGGAAGGUUCUACUCUUCCACAGUGAGAAAGAUCGUGAUGUUGAGAAAUUGAUGGGAAUCCAUGGAUCUCUUGUUCCAAGAAGAUACCGAUAUAUUGAUCUGAAGAAAAUGACAAACUCAUUUUCAGAGAAACUCGGUCAAGGAGGAUUUGGUGCAGUGUAUAAAGGGCAGAUGAGAGAUGGUUGUCUCGUGGCAGUGAAAAUUCUCUUAGAGUCAAAAAGUAGCCCAGAAGAAUUUAUCAAUGAAGUGGUCAGCAUUAGUAGAACUUCUCACGUUAAUGUGAUAACUCUUUUAGGUUUUUGUUACGAAGGGAAGAAAAGAGCUCUAAUAUUCGAUUACAUGCCUAAUGGUUCAUUGGAUAAGUUCAUAUAUUUUGGAAGAGCUUUACAUAUGAGUAGUUCCUUGGAAUGGAAGAUACUAUAUCAAAUUGCAAUUGGCAUUGCUCAUGGGCUAGAGUAUCUGCACCGAGGCUGCAAUACCAGAAUCUUGCAUUUCGAUAUAAAACCUCAAAACAUCUUGCUUGAUGUAGAUUUUAUCCCCAAGAUUUCGGAUUUUGGCCUUGCUAAACUUUGUCAUGGGCAAGAGAGUGCCGUAUCAACUCUCGGCAUGAGAGGAACUGUUGGGUUUAUUGCACCAGAAGUUGUUUUCCGAAACUUGGGGAGAGUCUCUCACAAGUCUGAUGUUUAUAGUUAUGGAAUGUUGGUUCUUGAAAUGGUAGGCUUCAGAAAUUCCGACAUGGAAGUUUCCAACGAGAGUGAAAUGUACUUUCCAGAAUGGAUUUAUAGGAGCUUAGAGCCUGGCAAAGAUCUAAAAUUGCCGAUGAAUGCGACAGAGGAGGAGGAAGUGCUAGUGAAGAAGAUGAUGAUUGUGAGUUUGUGGUGCAUUCAAACCAGUCCAUCUGACCGACCUCCAAUUGUGAAAGUGAUAGAAAUGCUGGAAGGAAAUUUUGAUUCACUGCAAAUGCCGCCAAAGCCCAUCUUGUAUUCUCCAACACAACCACCAUUGCAACAUUGGGAAAUGAUGGCGUUGAAUUCCGAUAGAAGCCUCGAGGAGACAAUACUAGAGAAUUCAGAGGAAAGCAGUAACACAUUGUAAAGUGGUAAUGCACGACUGUACUUCUUGAGAUGUAGUUCUUUAUGCUCUUCUUUGCAGAAAGACUGAUACUGACGUCAUUUAACACGCACGAAUGAACUUAAAUCACGUCUUCAACGGAAACCAAACGACCUUCCGUAUAUGGCAAAUGGCAUCAAAGCCAGCCGACCUUAAAAUUUAACAACUGCAUAGUUGUAUACUUUGAGAUUUAGCCCAGUUGAAUUCCACCUCCCAAUAAUACAAUUUGUUUGCUAUUUCUUUGUUUUUUUGUCCGCUAGAGGUGAAUGUUAUUUAAUUAAUAUAUGACAGUGUAAUAGACUUUUAUUGAGAUCGAGACGUCUGAAUAUGACA